AUAAUGCAAUAUUUAGUCGAUAUUAUUCAUCUGUUUACUAUCCAAUUAUACAGGGAGCAUUGCCUAUGUCUAUUGCAUCAUUAUUCAGUGUUUUGGCUUUUCGAAAUGUUCGUCGAAUAGUUCGACGACAAACUCGAGUGAUACGUCGUCGACUCGAUCGACAACUCACAGCUAUGGUUCUUUCUCGUGCAGCUUGUCUUGUAAUAUUCAUUCUUCCUUUUACUAUGUAUCGAAUAUAUGUACUUAACAUAACUGUUCAAUCAGAUCAAUUAAUUUUAUCAGCUAUUAAUAAUAAUCUACUUGAAGUAGUCACCGUUACAAUUUUCUAUGUUAAUUAUUCAGCUAACUUUUAUGUUUUCAUGGCAACAUCAUCACGUUAUCGACAUCAAGUAAAACAUGUUCUAGUGAAAAAAAUUUGGCUGCCAUUUCGACACUGGCUUCAUUUCCGAUUGAAAUGUAGAAAUGAAAAUCGUAUUGUACCUGAAGGAACUCAAAUUUAUCAUACUUCGGUUGACCUAGAGUAA